UCACGACAAGCACCUCCUCUCAGAUUCUGACACUCACAUCCACCUCCAUUUGCAGCAUAGUUUUAACUAUUGCUUGCUACGUCCCAUCGGAAGCACACUUGACUACAAUGUUACCAUGGCGAGUCUGUCGCCCGACUACAAACAGCUGUAUCUUGAGGAACAGCGUAGGCGCAAGAAGGCCGAGGCGAAGACCCGCCUGACAACCCUGCCCGAGUUUCUCGACGCAUGCCACAACCACCUGCACGCAGGCCUGACCGUCCAGACGAAUGUAACACUGUCGACGCAAGGCAACCCUGCGAACGCCAACAACAAGCUCCGGCCAGAAAGACUCCGCGUUUGGGAUGAUUUCCCUGCGCGUCAAGAAGCGAUCUGGAGGGACAUGAUGGGAUCGGACUUUGCCCUGGAACGGCACUUCACCUCAGUGAAUACUUUGAGAGAAAACGGGGUGGAGAUCCAAGAACGAAUGAUGGGCUCUGAGCUGGACCUGCACAUCUUCCAGCGGUCGACGGUCGAGGAGCCGGUGUCGCGGAUUGUCAAGCAGUUGUACAACAACCAAGGGCUGAAGCGCAAGUUUGGCCUGCGCGGUUCUGUGAACUUCGAGAACCACGCCAACACAUUGAGCCCCGAGCAAGAGGUGGAAGAGGGCAUGCAGAAUCUGUCAAUAUAUGGCGGUCCCCAACGACGAUCACAACGCUUGAAGGCAAAAGCAAAGGCAGAGGCAUCGUCCUCAUCAGAGCCCUCGGCCGCUGCCUGUAAUAGCACAUCACAAUCUUCUCGCCCCCGGGCCGACCAAUACUGUGUCUACAACACGAGCAAAGAGAGUAGCAUAGCGGCCUUCGUCAUCGAGUACAAAGCGCCACACAAGAUUCCGCUCGGCUACAUAUAUGAGGGGCUGGAUGAUAUGGACCUCGAUGAUGUUGUCACAUGCCGCGAAGCUGAAGGCCCGCAGGACCGCUUCCGCCGACUGAUAGCUGCAAUCGUCACCCAAGCAUUCUCCUACAUGGUCCGGGUCGGCGUGGAAUACGGAUGCGUGUGCACUGGCGAAGCGAGCAUCUUCCUGCGCGUUCCGCACGAUCCCACGACUGUCUACUACUUCUUGUCUGUGCCCAAGGGCGAUGUUGGCGAUACCAGCGGAUGGACGCCAGACGCAGACGGUCCGAAUCGACUUCACUUAACCGCCGUUGGGCAAAUGCUAGCCUUUACGCUGCAGGCUUUGAGAACGCCGCCUCGGAGCCAGAAGUGGCGGGAGGAGGCCUCGGCUCGACUGAAGAGCUGGGAGGUCUUGUACGAGGUGCUGCUGGACGACAUUUCAUCGGAUGAGGCACCGUCGUCAGAGUAUCGGCCGCCUCGAGACACAGGUUUUCUUCGCAUGUCGCCUGUCCGGCUUCGACAGAGACUCACACGCAUGGACUCGCCUGACUGCUCGCAGCCGCAGGAUCAGCAUAGCGCCAGCGACGAAGACCCUGACCGAGAUACGCCAAGUCGACCGCCGCCGUUGUUGCCGCGGCUGCCGCAGUCAUCUCGCACAAGACCAGCUGCCAGCGGGUCUUCGUCCGGUCGCCAGUCGCGCCAUGCGGGACAGGGUGGACAGUAUUGCACUCAGAGUUGCCUGCUUGGCUUGGUAAAGAGCGGUCCGCUUGACCUGUUGUGUCCAAACGCAAGGAAUCAUGGCACAGGCCGUCAUCGCAUCAACCUGACAACGUUCCUCAAACGCAUCCGUCAGCAGCUUUCCAAGGACCUAGACCGGAAUUGUGAGCCCAUAGGACGCCACGGAGCGUGCGGUGUUCCCUUUUGUGUUAGGCUGGACUCUCAUGGAUAUACCGUGGUCGCCAAAGCUUGCCCGAUCGACUUUGUGCAUCGUCUCAGGUGGGAGGCAAACGUCUACAACCUCCUCCGUCCUAUACAGGGCACGCAUGUACCAGUGCUUCUAGGUAACGUGGACCUAGAGGUACCGUACUACUAUGAAGGCAUCGCCGAGCUCGUGCACAUGAUGUUUCUCAGCUAUGGAGGCAAGCGCAUGGACAAGCAGUUGGCUUUGGCUGACAAGUCGUUUGCUUUACAGCAGGUGCAGAAGUCGAUUCAAGCCAUCUGUGCGCUUGGAGUUCGGCAGAAUGACCUUGAACUACGGAACAUGCUGUGGGAUGAUGAAACACGACGAGCGAUGGUGAUUGACUUUGAGCGAGCAGAGACGGAGAAAGUGCGAGCAGCGCUGGGCGUUGUCUCGGGCAAUGCAACAAGGAAGCACGUUGGAGGGAAGGGUGCAGAUGUCACGGAUGUUCUGACCUAUGGUUAUAUAUCGGGACCCAUACGGGCCACCACCGGGACCUCGGAGGAUAACCUCCGAGACCGAGAGUAUAUAGCCACCUCGAAUCCCCAAGGCUGAUCCCUUAAGGAUUCGUCUAUCUACUUACUACAAUAUACCCUUUUC